AUGAGAACAGCAGCCGUGGGCGUCUUGGCAGCCGGCCUCGCGACAGCGGGUGCCCUGCGGCCUAGCGGUUUCGUAGCGAGGGGCAGUCCAGGGAGGGGCCAGGCGUCCGUCCAGGGCAGCAGCGGUGCCAGGACAACGAUGGUCGCGCAGCCGCCUACCAAGCCCGCGGAGGCAGAGGUGGCGCCUUCGUCGCCGGUUAGCUCCACGGGCUGGUCGCCGGCCACCUGGCGAAACAGGGAGGCCCGACAGAUGCCCAAGUACGACGACCCGGCCCUGGUGACGGAGGUGGAGGACAUCCUGGCCAAGCAGGCCCCCCUCGUCUUCGCCGGAGAGUGCCGGGAGCUGAUGGCCGACCUGUCGAAGGCAACAAGAGGAGAAGCGUUCGUCCUCAUGGGAGGGGACUGCGCCGAGAGCUUUUCCGAAUUCAAGGUGGACGACGUACGAGACACCUUCCGAUCCAUCCUUCAGAUGUCCCUCGUCAUGACUUACGGAGGAUCGGUCCCCGUCGUUAAGAUUGGCCGCGCAGCCGGGCAGUUCGCCAAGCCACGAUCAGAGGACUUCGAGACCAUCAACGGGCAGACCCUGCCUAGCUACCGCGGGGACAUUGUGAACGGCUUGGAGUUCACGGAGGUGGCCAGGCGGAACGACCCGUACCGCAUGCUGUCCGCGUACCACCAGUCGGCCCAGACGAUCAACCUCCUGCGGGCGUUCUCGUCCGGUGGUUUCGCCGACAUCAACAAGCUCAACGCCUGGAACAUGGACUUCGUGCAGAACACGCCCGAGGGGUCCAAGUACCGCGAGAUGGCGUCCAAGAUCGAGGACACCCUGCGCUUCAUGACUGCCAUCGGCGUGGACACGACGUCGGCCCCCUUCCGCACGACUAGCUUCUACACCGCUCACGAGGCCCUGCUACUCUCGUACGAGCAGGCCCUCACCCGUGAGGACUCUCUCACUGGUAAGUUCUACGACUGCUCCGCUCACAUGCUGUGGAUCGGCGAGCGCACGCGGCAGCUGGACGGAUCCCACAUCGAGUUCCUGCGUGGGGUGAGCAACCCCAUCGGCAUCAAGAUCUCGCAAAAGUGCCCCCCGGAGGAGCUGGUGGAGAUCCUAGAGACGGUCAACCCGGACAACAAGGCGGGCAGGGUGACCCUCAUCACGCGCAUGUCCUCCAAGUACCUCGAGGAGCACCUGCCCAAGCUCAUCCUCGCCGUGCAGAAGGCGGGCCUCAACGUCCUGUGGGUGAGCGACCCCGUCCACGGUAACACCAUCAAGACCGACAGCGGGUACAAGACGCGCAGAAUGGAGGACAUCCGAUCGGAGCUCAGGACGUUCUUCGACGUGCACCAGCGCAUGGGGACCCACGCCGGCGGGAUCCACAUCGAGAUGACGGGCAAGGACGUGACCGAGUGCACCGGGGGAGACGUGGACGAGGUGACGGAGGAAAACCUCAAGCAGCGCUACCUUACACAGUGCGACCCCAGGUUGAACGGGAAGCAAUCGCUCGAGCUGGCGUUCCACAUUGCCAACCGCCUCCGGCGCGACCAGGGCCUGCCCCCCAUGCUCGGAGAUUAACUUACUAGAUUAGCCUGCAGUUCUUGCUUUUUUCAGUUGUUUUGAUGGUGGUAGUGGUGGUGGUGUACCUGAUCUAUCUGUGUUCCUUUUGGAGGGGUCAUGGGCGUACGUCCUUGUCCUUCAAGGUGUCGGUUUUUGCGUUGCCUUUGCAUCGAUUUUCGGUGCCGUGCGGGUAGGAAGACAAGACUCGUGCGGUGUGUCGCUAUGUACUAUGUACUAUGUAAGGUAUCGAUUGGCUGGAUGGGUCUGGUCGUCUAGAGCUCGCACCACGACGCGGAAUGAUGUUGCCUGCCCAGCGUUGCGAGCGUCGAGCUCGCUCGGACAAGGUUUCUCUCUCGAUUUGACGAUUUGACGAUGCGAGAUGAUUUGAGCGGUUUGUGUCUUGUCGCGUCCCACGGUUGUGUGCGAUUGGGGAGGGUCUCCGGGCUGUUAACAAAUUGUGCUCGGAUGAACACCAUGUCGGCUUGCUUGGCUAAAACCUGUACCACCCUGGUAUUUAGAUAUCCUGAUGCAUGCGAUGAUCCGUCCGGUAUCUGAGCGUGUUUGGGUUUUGGGGAUGGCUUUGCUACUGCCGUCAUGCACCCGCUGUGUGUCUCAUGACAUGACGCGAAAGUAUUGGGCGCUUGGCUAGAUACGUUAUUCGUGACUGGCACUGUGCGUGGCGUGGAUGGACAUACAUCCAUACAUCCCAGCGACGGGUGCGUGCCGUGGAUAGGAUAUUUCGGUGUUGUUUUGCAUCGUCUUGUCCAUCAUGAAGGUGGCUGGCGAGUGGGUCCGGUCGACAGCACAGGGUGCAUGCACCGUUCAAGUGCAUGUGUGACGCAAAUUGGUCGAAUUGAACUCUUUUUCAAGAUCUCUUGCCCCCUUCCUGCACACACCGUGUCUAGCGAGGUUCGAUGUUGGCAGGGGUUAAUCGAAGCAAAAUAGUCUGCGUUGCGUGCCUGUCGUUUGAAGAAAACGGGUCGGGUUUUUAAGUACCGCGAGGUGCUUCUGGCGACUAUCGGACGAAAGCAUUGUGUGUCGGCAGUUACGCAGGUUUUCGGUUUCAUCCCGGAGUUGUAGCCGACGUACACACGCAUGUAGGUUUACGCACGAUAAAAAAGAGAGAACCAGACGGCUACAUGGCCAAAUCCGUCGUACUGCCAGCAGCCGUGGAGAUGCGAGCUCUUGUGGAGGGCGUUACGGUUAUUGAUAGCGGCGUUUCGUGUUGAUCGUCGAGCGAACCCCGAACUGAUUGAUGGUUUGCCUCAUGCAGAGUGGAUUGGUUGGUUGGACGCGAUCGUCGUUGGGGCUUGACAGCAGUAAUUAUCUUGAGGUUGGCCGUUAGAACUUAUCGCAUAGACUAGGAUUUGCCGUUAAGCUUUGUUGUCUGUUGCU